UCAUUUUUAAAAUGUUAGUAUUGGCCCAGGGGUGUCCAACUUUUUUUUAUUUGACAAUGUGAAGAUGCCCGAUAUAUAUUCAUAGGCUCCAGAUAGGUGGUCAGAUUUCCUGCGGUUUGCCCGUGUCUUGAACGUCACACAGUGUUUUUGGAUGACAGGAAAAAAAAGCAGGAUGUAUCUUUCCCGUCAUGCAGCGCGCCCGGGUUCUCCCUCCGUGAUCAUCGCAUCCAGGGAGAGAGAGAGAGCAGUAAUGGCGGCCGGGUAGAUCCACACACAAACACCGCGUCCGCAAGCAGCCGCACUCACCGCAGCGCUCCGGGGGCAACCAGCCUCACACACCGCGGCGGAGUCAGCGUGAGAGACACGGAGCGGAGAGACGGGAUUCAAGGGGGACGGGAAUUGUUUAGUGGAGCGUUGCUGGCUGGGACUUUCCUUCUACUUUUCUAAAAAAAAAAAAAAAAAAAAAAAAAAAAAAAAAAAAAAACAUGGAUGAGCACCCCGGCGGAGGAGGAGGGGUCGGAGCGGGCGCCCCACGACAGCCUCCGCCGCCGCAGCAGCAGCAGCAGCAGCAGGGGAGCAACAGCAGCGCUAAUCCGUCACUUGGAGGUGGAGGUGGUGGAGUCAUGGUGCCGCAUCAACCGGACGAGCUGCCCCGGCCGCAGCAGCAGUACACCAUCCCCGGCAUCCUGCACUACAUCCAGCACGAGUGGGCCCGGUUCGAGAUGGAGAGGGCGCACUGGGAGGUGGAGCGGGCCGAGCUUCAGGCAAGGAUAGCGUUCCUGCAGGGGGAGAGGAAAGGUCAGGAGAACCUGAAGAACGACCUGGUUAGAAGAAUAAAAAUGUUAGAAUAUGCUUUAAAACAGGAAAGAGCAAAAUAUCACAAGUUAAAAUAUGGAACAGAGUUAAAUCAGGGAGAGAUGAAGAUGCCAAGUUUUGAAUCAGACACCAAAGACUCUGAGGUCUCUGCCGUUCCUGCCAACAGUCAGCUCACCUGGAAACAAGGAAGACAACUACUCCGACAGUACCUGCAGGAAGUAGGAUACACAGACACCAUCCUGGACGUUCGUACUCAGAGGGUUCGCUCUUUGCUCGGCCUGUCGGGCUCAGAGCAGAACGGAUCAGUGGAGAACAAGAACCUGCAGCACCUGAUCAAUGGGACAGAGCGUCGCAAGGACAGCAAGAGGAGUCCAGGCGACGUCCUCGAGACGUUCAACUUCCUGGAGAACGCAGAGGACAGCGACGAAGAAGAGGAUGAGGAGGGAGACCUGAUGGACGACAUCAGCACCGACAAACAUCACCGAGCCAAGAAACACAAGUCCAAGGUGGGGAACGAGGGUUUGGCGUCGGAGGACGAUGCUGACACAGAAGAGGCUCUGAAGGAGUUUGACUUUCUGGUGACGGCGGAGGACGGAGAGGGAGCAGGCGAGGCUCGGAGCUCUGGAGACGGGACAGAGUGGGUAGCAGAGCCUCUACCAUUUCCUCCUGGCGGUGGGAAGUCCUUUCUGUUGGGGGGAUCGGACGACGUGUUGGAGAGCGUGCUGGGUUUGGGCGACCUCGCCGACCUCACCGUCACAAACGACGAAACAGACUACAGCUAUGACCUGCCGUCCAAUAAGGAGUCUUCGUUCAGGAAGACGUGGAACCCGAAGUAUACGCUGCGGAGCCACUUUGACGGCGUUCGAGCGCUGGCCUUCCACCCCGUCGAGCCAUGUCUGGUCACCGUGUCUGAGGAUCACACCCUCAAGCUGUGGAACCUCACCAAGACCGUCCCUGCCAAAAAAAGUGCCUCUUUCGACGUGGAACCAGUCUACACUUUCAGAGCUCAUGUUGGCCCAGUGUUGUCAUUGGCGAUGACCUCCAGUGGUGAACAGUGUUUCAGUGGAGGAAUCGACUCGACCAUCCAGUGGUGGAACAUCCCCAGCUCUAAUGUGGACCCCUACGAUACCUACGAUCCCAGCGUCCUGGCCGGGUCAUGGAUGGGGCAUACAGAUGCUGUGUGGGGAUUGGCUUACAGCGGCAUCAAGAACCGCCUCCUGUCCUGCUCGGCCGACGGAACGGUCAAACUGUGGAACCCAACGGAGAAGAACCCCUGCAUCAGCACUUUCAACACAAACAAGGAGCACGGCGUCCCCACGUCGGUGGACUUCAACGGUUGUGACCCCGCCCACAUGGUGGCAUCGUUUAACAGCGGAGACGUGGUGGUGUAUGACCUGGAGACUUCCCAGAAUGCACUGGUGCUGAAAGGGCAGGGAGAAGGCACCCUGCCGGGGUGUAAUCAUAUCAAUAAGGUGGUCAGUCAUCCCACGUUGCCGGUCACCAUCACCGCUCAUGAAGACCGACACAUCAAAUUCUACGAUAACAAGUCAGGUAAAGUGAUCCAUGCCAUGGUUGCUCACCUGGACGCAGUGACCAGUCUGGCUGUAGAUCCAAACGGGAUUUACCUGAUGUCAGGAAGUCACGACUGCUCCCUGCGGCUGUGGAACCUCGACAGUAAAACAUGCGUUCAGGAGAUCACAGCUCACAGGAAGAAGAGCGAGGAGGCCAUCUACGACGUGGCCUUCCACCCCUCCAAGGCCUACAUCGCCUCUGCUGGUGCCGACGCCCUCGCCAGGGUCUACGUGUAGAUGAGGAGGAGAAGGCAGGAGGAGGAGGAGAGGAGCGCAGGGCAAGAGACACAGACAGACAGAGAGAGACAGGCUGGUCACAUUAACAGUAUUCAGGUCUGUUCAGGUCUCUGAACACAGAAUAUAUUAAUGAAAGACUGAACACACACACACACACCCCUACACCCACACACUCACUUUAAGUUAAGAGCUGUGUGUGACCGACUGAAGAGACUGAGAGACGUUCAGCAGCAGCAACACAGAAACGUUGUGGAAACGUUGUUUAAAGCCUGCAGAUCGACACUGAGCAGCUCACCUGUCCUGUGAUGUCACCUCUGAAAGUAGCUCCGAUGACACUACAUGACCCCGCCCCCCUCAUGUUGACACUAGGACCGACUUAAAGAAAAAAUCCCCCAAAAUCCUCUCUGCCGUUUGUUUUCCUCUUCUCUCUGGAUGACAUCACAUCCAGGCUGACACUCAGCAGAUCAGAAAACACUUCCUGUUAUAAUAAUUAGAACCUGUGCGUUCAUAGAGACUCAUUAGAUACAGGUUACUAUGGAAACGCGGAGUCCCUCCUUUUCUCUGGCGUCCUCACAGACAGCGAUGGACGAGGCAUGUUUUUGCUAAGCUUGAGUCCUCAUGACGUCUGUGAUGCAGGAAAGACUAAAAUUGAGUUAACGGUUGAUUCAAGGACACAUCUGUUUGUGCUAGUUCAGACGUCCAUGCAGGAGAAUGCGUGUUGACGUCUUACUGUUCGUCUGUCGUCAUGCUGGCAUUUGACUGGUUUAGUCCUUGUUGCUAAAUAUGAGGGGUUAUAGUUAAUUCCACCUCCAGCUCAGAAUUAAUGAACUCCACUUUGCUGUUCAUACAGUCCGAAAAACACACAUUUUUGUUUUUGCUCCCAUUUUAUCAUGAGUCAAGGUAAAAAAAAUUCUAGUUUAACUAGUUUUGUUUUUGUUAACAAAUGUUAAAUUCUGCCAAUGAGCACCAAGAUGACCCAGGUGUGGCUCCAAAACAUGCAGUUUGAUCUUUAUUAGACACUGAACUAUGAAUAUCUCACAUAGUGAUACACAUACCAAAGUCCUAACCCGCCCUACUCUGCCUCUGAUUGGCUAGUACUUCAUUGGAAAGUCAGCAUAAGCCAGUCAGAGGUGUGAAAUAUUCAUAUCUUUUCAAGAUGAAACUGUUCGGAGCGUGCUUUUAUUUUGACAGUUGAAGACUCACCUGUGUCACAGGCCUGCUGUUGAAUCACGUUGAUGUGACAGAUUUGUGAAGAGAAGAAGUCUGAGCUCUUUGACUUUAACUCGUGAAAAAUGGGAGCCAAACCAAAAGUUUGAUUGUGAACGCAGCAUUUCACAUCCAUCGAAACUGAAGUGAACUGAUCUCUUGUUAAAGUUACACAGCCAUAAACCGUAAGAAAAGAACGUUUUCAUUUUUGGAAAAAUGUUCUUGUUGCUCGUUCCUGCUGUUAAAAUUCUAAAUUAGUAUCAAAGUUUGCGUUCAGCGCUGCUAAAACAGAAGACUGCAGCAGGAGAGUGGACACAGUGGCAAAGACUUUGUCCUCCAUCAAUGAUGGUUUAAGUAUCUGUUUAACGUUAAAAGUUUUCACCUCGACAGUAAACAAAUUUUGUUUAGUUUUUGUUACGCUGCAAAACAUCAGUAAUGCAGCCUGACAGGAAACUACGUUCACCUGAAAGGAAAUGACUAAGACAACCACAGAAGAAGAUGUGAGGGGGAUUUUUCCUUUAAGACAUUGACCUCUGAGAAGAAGAGAAUCAACAGAACGUUUGAUGUUUUAAUCCUCCGUGGUUUUGUUGUAUUUAAGUUUUUUUUAAUCUUGAAAACUGAACGAAAAGCUUCAGGAAAAGAACAAGAAAAAAAGAUUUUGAUCUGCCUAAUUUUUUACCGUGUUUUUAAAGAAUAUAAAUUAAAUGUGAAAAUAAAAUAAAGUGAACAUUA